AUGGGGUCCCGGAGUAAGGAGGCGGACAAGCUGUUUGAGAGUGCUCCGGUGUGUUUUCCGGAGGGCCGCCCCAUCCAGUGGGAGAGGACCACGGAGGUGGCCCCCGGCACCACAAAGGAAAUGGUUUACCAACGGCAUGACGACGUCGAGCAGAUUGAUUUGGGUCGGGUUCCGCCACCAGAUUACCCGGACUACUCUUGGCCUUCCUCCACCAAACAGCAACCCAAGUAUAGCGGUCCCAUAAGAAAGAAGCGCAGCUCUUGGUCUUUGGACGAACACAUGUACAUUGUUCCUGGUGGGAGUGGAGAUACAUGGGAAGGGAAAAUGGAAGAAGAUAUCUGA